UGUUGUGCAAGAGAUGUAGAGGACAAGACGCACCUAUCCUUCACAGAAGUGCAAGAGCAACGAAAGAAAACACGAAUAUCCCUUCUAGUAAUUCGCUUAUAUAGCUUGCGUAACCUUUUGCAGCAGUAAAAUCAGUGGGAUCGCCAUCAGAAGUGAUAGGACGUMAGUCGACGAUAUAUAUCUGCGUUCAUAUUAAGGCUCGAAAGGGAACUGAGGAGCCCGUUUGAGUCACUACAAAUUCUCGGGCCAGUGUCUCUGAAUCGGAAGCACACGAAACUUCAACUUUUGACUGAAAACUGAGCCAAACAUCACAUGAUGCUUCGUUCCGGGGGAAAGAAAUUUAAGGCGGCCCUGACCUCGGGUCCUUGCCGAAGAUAUCUUUCAUCGUCGCCACCGGUGGCUGCAGCGGCCGCCGCAUCGCCCGGYGACCACGSUUCGUCGUCGUCAUCUUCUUCGAUUCGUUAUGCAAUGCCUCUUUCGAUGCUUUCUCUGGCGGUUGGAUUUGCUGCAGGCCGCCUUUCCUUCCGAUCGCCGGAAGAAGAAGAGCGGCUCAAGCAGUUGCCCAAGGGAAACCCGUUGGCCUGCUGUGGGGACAACCACACAACGGACGAUGGUUCGCAGGCACACUCUCACUCGCACUCCCACUCGCACACGCACUCUUCCAAUUUUUGGAAAACGACGAGCUGUGAUGCUCCUCAGUUGUCCGAGGAGCACCAACAACUUGUCAAAACGCUCCGGAGAAUUGUCGGGAAAGAUUGCUUUCUGGACGGCCGGGAGAUAAACACCGAAACCACGGCCUAUCUCAAGGGAGCRCGCAUGGGAAAGGGAACCGCCCUGGCAAUUGUCCGGCCCACCAAGCUGAAACAGAUUCAGGACAUCGUGCAGGCCUCGGUCGAUGCCGGGUGUGCCGUGCUGGUGCAGGGAUCCAACACCGGCCUGACGGGUGCCUCCGUCCCAAGGCCACAAUCGGACGGACGGCCGACGGUGGUGAUCUCCAUGAAGAACUUUGACACGAUCUUUCCGAUUGAUGGCGGAGAAAAGGUGGUCUGUCUCGCGGGGGUAGGACUGGCCUCCCUAAAACAUUUCGUGGCGGACAACUUCCCCGAUCGUGAAUCCCAUUCCAUCUUGGGGUCGACGUUUCUGAAUCCAACCACCGCAGCUGGUAAGUGAAAUGGUUWGACUAGGCAAUGCUCUGGCUUAGGSUUAUUAUUGAAACAAUGURCUCAAGUYACCACUUUCUUUUUGUGUGUUCUUUMAAAWAUGUAUUUCAUUCACAUUUAUCAGGUGUUGCGUUUGGUUCUGGGGGUACCCAGAGCCGCAAGGGCCCAGCAUUUACCGAUCGGGCUUUGUAUUUAAAGGUGGUACCRGAUAAAUAUGGUAAGCACAUCGUUAAGGUGGUCAAUACAUUAGGAAUCGAAGACCUAGAUUCGGAAGAGGGCGAAUUUGUUGCCAACAAAGCGUUGGACGGAGUCAUUCCCACACUCGAUUCCUACAUCGAUGUUGUAAAGAACGAACAGGACAACACUAUGAAGAAAUCCAACAACACGUAUGGGAAAGACCAAUGCCACGACAAAAAAUACAAGGAGAAACUAUGCUCCCUGGACAAUAAGAUGAGUCGAUUCAAUGCAGAUACCAGUGGCCGUGACUGCAACCGGUCGGAAGGCAAGGUCCUCAUUUUGGCCACGGUGCACGAUACCUUCAAAGCACCCACCAAAGCAAAAUCCCUAUGGAUUUCUUUCGAUAGCUUGGAGCUGGCCACAAAGUUCAAAACGGAGGUCUGCCUCGACAGCCCAGAAGAUCUGCCUGUGAGUUGUGAGUACAUGGAUCGUGAUUCCUUCGAUGUCAUCGACGAGGCGGGUAGAUUCAUGGGGCACCUGAUCAAGUUUUUUGGUUCGGCCAGCCCGGUGGUAAGCGCUGGCUGGGCAAUCAAGCUGAAGAUCGAAGCACUCGAUAUUCGGGGAGCUUCGACCUUUCCGGACACUGUCCAAUACUAUUUGAAUAACUUUCUUCCCGCCGUUCUUCCCAAGGAAAUAAUGAAAAUGGGUUACGCCCGGGAUCAUCACAUUGCCACUACGGUCGGCGACUUYAAUGGAAGUUUGRGYCGUUUCGAAGAACGUUUCGAAAAGUUCUGCAAAGAAAACGAGGGAAAGAUCGAUKUCUACGAAUGYAAGACAAACUCCGAAAAAAAUGGUGUCACCGCCUUUCGAUUCAUCGCGGCUGCUGCCUUCAAAACCUAUUGCGUCGGGACCGGCCUCCAGGGGUACAGCGUUGAUUAUGCCCUGCCAAAGAAGGAUUCGUCGUCGCCAAAACUGCCAGAAYCCAACCAACCGGUCAAGCGGAUGAGAUACAGCCAUUUCCUGUGCAACGUUGUGCACGAGGAUCUUGCAUACGAACAGGGAGUGGACACCCACGCUGCCAAGAUGGAGCUGAAGCACGUGGUAGACGAAACGUAUCACGGACGAUUGCCGGCCGAGCACGGCCACGGGACGGAAUACCACGCCCCRAAGGACACGCAGAAACGCUGGAUGAAAAUGGACCCCCUGAAUGUCAUGAAUCCUGGCGUUGGUGGAUUGUCGACAAAAUAUCGAUACGAAAAGGAAUAAAGCAAUUCAAAUCGAGCGCUUUUCGAACUCYCGAGGUCUCAAUCAUUAUGAUAGAAUAUCCUGGCACCGUCGAUGGAAAUCAAUUGAUAUUGUGUAUUUUUCUAAACUGUCUAGAGCUUUUCUAUUUGGAAGAGCGCAUCAGAAUUCGCAACAUACGUCCAGGAUUACAAAUAAUUUGAAACAACAUUACAAAACGAUAGUUUUUCUCCCGUAUUUUUGUAGAAAAUAAGCGACUGGUUACUUAAUUCUGGUGUCUUUACCACUGUCACCCCGUUAGUAUGCUGUGCAUUACAGACCCCUCGUUCAUUCUUCUCAGUUCAUUGGCAGAAAGCGUCUUUCCCGUUGAGGCAAAUCGAAAAGAGAUUCAAAGAGAGCGUUCAGGAAUGCCUUAUCCGGCUUGUAAGAAGGACACGGUGUGCCGUAAUACGCUUAAUUGUUUCAAAGCAAAAAAAUACUAUUGAUAAAAACCAAACAUCAGACGUGACAUAGGUGCUUCAAUUGGGAUGGCAUCCGUGGUUUUUGCGUGCUUUUGUAGCAUGAUCCAUACAGCUUUCUUUCCAUCUAUUCUCUAUAGCUCGAAUAACAAUAGCUGCACACCUCCCCCGGGCAUCCCAGCAGGCCGCUGGCCGUAGCAAGCGGGGCAGAAGCUGCAACGGGUGGUUGCGGGUGCCGUCCUCCUCCCCUGCCCACUCGCUCGGCAAAGCCCAGGAACUUGCGUUGCCGUUGCUUUUGCUUUCUCCUCUUCCCCCACGGUCCCGGGCUCGCACCGGCGUCGCCCGGCGGAGCGGCCUCCGACGCUUCCACAACCCCGCUGACCACCCUGCUGACCAGGACGUAGUUGAUGACCGCGAAGGAAGCCGUGGUGAUCCAAAAGGCCGCGAACUUCUCGAAGCCCCUGCCGAUGAGAAAGCUGUUGAGGCCGGUCGCCCCCACGAGACCAAAGCCGUAGACCUUGAACUGCCCCCACAGCGUCAGACAAUAUUUCUCGUACGUGUCGAUGGUGUCCAUUCCGUAGACCAGAAAGGCGUAAAGCAGGUGCGUCGUGACGAUCUGCACCAGGUAGGCCGAGAAGAAGCUCAGGCCGUCCUGGUACUUCUCGAUCCCGUCCAGGAGGAAGGAAUAUACCUCCGUCGAGGCGAUGAGUAUGUGCGACAGGCACUGGAAAAAGACCUUCUCGAGGUAAAAAAACCCGAGGUUUCCMAGGUUCCCGGCCACAAAGAACCGAAAUACCUGCGGCAGGUGCAGCCAGGCGUGGUAGACCC